UAGCAGCUUAAAGGUUGGUAAAACAGGAAUACUUGGUUUAUUGAAAUUAAAACGAAAAUAUUAUUGCGCAAAGAAACCUGUAAAAAGCAAAAAUGCCGCGAGUGUUUCUGGUUAAAAAGACGAGCAGCACUUCCGGGAAAAAAAAAUGGAAUGAAAUACCUGACUGUGCGCGAGGAGACAUCUAUACACCAGUGUGUAUCUUCACUCAUCAUGGCCAUGAAGAGUGUGAGCACAGCCCUGCUGAGCUGCCCGUCUGUCCCUCCACCCCACAGAGCAAGACCACACAAACACACACUCAAUUUCACAGCUCGACUGCCCAGCUGUCCUGCUCUGUCAUGCAGGAGUUGAGCUCACACGGGCCUCCUUUCAUCUGUUCCAAAAAUAAGAUGGCCAACGCGGAUAAUGAAGCAUUGAAUGUCUCUCAAACCACAUCAGAUUCCCCUUUUUCCUGCCCAAUAUGCAAGAAGACUUUUAGUCUUGGCCGAGUGAUGAAACGUCAUUUAAGGACUCAUAGCGACUUGAAGAGGUACUCUUGUGAAUACUGUGGGAAAGGUUUCAAUGACGCUUUCGACCUCAAGAGGCACGUGCGCACCCAUACAGGUGUGCGGCCCUUUAAGUGCACUGUGUGUGAGAAGGCCUUCACUCAGCGCUGCUCCCUGGAGGCUCACCUAAAAAAGGUUCAUGGUGUCUUCCAACAGUAUGCCUACAAGGAACGCAGGGACAAGCUGUAUGUGUGUGAAGAGUGUGGCCUGACUGCUCAGACACAUGACAGUCUGUGCAGUCACAUCCAGGUCAAACAUCCCAACAGCAAGAUUGCCAAAGCAAAAUCCAAAAACAGGAGAAGGAAGGCACAAGACCGAGGAGGAAGUGUGUCACCCUGUUCUCCUCAUUCUCUAAGUGAUGCCGAUGCCGGUGUUUGA